AUUUCAACUGCCAACUUAAAAGACAAAAGCAGAAUAGAGAAGAGCCAAAUUAAGGCGUUGCUGUCACUGAUUAAGACCUUCGUCAGCUGUCGUGGAUACAUUGGCGGCCAAGUGUAAUCAACGAAAGCAGAUAACCACGAAAGAAGAGCCAAAUUAAGGCGCUGCUGUCACUGAUUGAGACCUUCGUCAGCUGUCGUGGAUACAUUGGCGGCCAAGUGUAAUCAACGAAAGCACCACAAAACAACUACUACAUUCAUUGGUAUUCACUCUCUAGGACAAAAGAUCCACGUCGCGGGAGCCGCAAUAAUGACAAGGCCCAAGUGGAAAUGAUGCAGGGAAAAAAAGACCAGCCACGUGUAGAAUCCUUAAAGGAUCAAAGAGUGUUGUGAGGACUAUAAAAAAUUUGAGUUCCUCCUUGUUAAAUAUAGUAAAAAUAAAAAAUAAAAUAAUAGAUAGAUAUUAGAAAUAUAUUCCCUUCUUUUCUUUUUAGUCAGUAUAAAAAAAGAUUAACACCUUUUUGUGUUUAAAAUAUCUAAGGUUUAUUUUGAAUCACACAUUUCAAAAGUUUUUCUUUAUUUCUUAAAUUUUAUGUCAAGUCAAAUUAAGAUAAUCUUUUGAGACGGAGGGAGUAUUUAGUAUGAGAUAAAGAAAAUACAGUAAAAGCUUAAAACUUGAAGGGAGGAUCCUAUCAGUAUGAAGAAGCAGAUAUAUUCUGUGAAAACGAAAACUGUUAAAGAGUUCAAUUUAGCCAAGAGCUGGAUAAAGAUCGGAAAUACAAAGGAAUGUAAAAGAAUUUCAUAAAUCGGAUAUGGAAAUAUUUUUAAUGGCCAAGAUGAUAUGUUGCUAUGAUUGUGGGGAUUAUUAAAUUAAAUUAUUGGAAGUAAAUAUAUGGAAUGUUAAUGAUCUAAACCAUGGUUAGAGUUUUUUUUUAAGUUGAUUAAAUUUUAGCCAUUAAUUUUAACUAAUGCUAUGUGUCCUCAAUCCAAGCUGUCCCUGCUAUUAUUAUUUGGGAACUCUGGAAGAGGAGAAACACUAUGAGACAUGAAGGGAAGGUGUCAAUCACAAAACUCAUUUACCAGGUGAUGCAUACUUUGAUUCAAUUCAUGAAGGUGAGAAGGAGAAAUUUUAGGUAUGCACCAUAUAAUUGGAGUGUGAUUGUUGAGGCAUUACAGAGAUAUUCUCCAAAGAUAAGAGUAACACCAGUGACUUGGAGAACUCCAGAUAUUGGAUGGAUAAAAGUCAAUACUGAUGGAGCCUCAAGAGGAAACUCAGGUAGGAGUUCAUGGGCCUUUUGUGUAAGGGAUGAAAGGGGAGAUGUGAUACAAGCACAGGCCAGAGAAAUAGAGGAUCUUCAAAGCACCAACACCGAGGCAGAGGCCCUAGCCAUUUUACAGGCUCUCAGGUAUUUAAAAGACAGUCAAUGGGAUCAAAUAAGGAUAGAGACAGAUUCACUUUUGCUGAAGAACUCUAUUCAAAGGACAUGGGAAAUUCCUUGGCAAAUCAUUACUAUGGUGGAAGAAAUUUGGAGAAUAAGUGAGGAAAAAGUGGUGGUGAUAGAGCAUAUUUAUAGGGAAGGAAACAAAUUAGUAGAUCACUUGGCUAAUUUAGCUUUGGACACAGGGGACAUACAAUUCAAUUCCUUUCAUGACAUGGAGAGCCACUGUAAAAGAAUUGUGAACAGUGACAAAUUACAGCUGCCCUGUCUAAGAAUUAGAUCAUGUUAAGGAGACUGAAUAUAGGGGGAAGGUGGGAGAAAAUGAGGUCCUCACACUCAAAUCCUUUGGGAGGAGAAUGUGAAGGAUUUGGUUUACACUAACUGUUUGUUAAUGGUUGCAGGUACACAAACUAACAUAAAUGGAGGAUUUUAAUUCAGCAGGUACCACAGAACAACCACACUGAAGGAAUACCAACAAGCAGCGAAACACAGUGUAAUCAGGAUGUUGAGAAGUUUUACCAGCAUAAAUUGCAACUGGUUGGAGGCACUUUUGACAAAUGACAUGAAGUGGAAUUACUGCUCCUAAUGAUUGAGCACAUGGAACACAACAGACCUCUUGAGUACACAUGGGCAUACAGUUUCUAUUUAGUGGUUGUUUCUUAGUUGGUGGUAUUAGCACCCCGGGAUGCUCAUCCUACUGAGAACUGGUCAUUAGUUAGAAAAUGUACUGCCUUGGUGCAUAUAGAGGGCCAAAUAUAGAGCAUGUGAGAUAUAGAAACAAAAGUUCUUUAUGGAGCAAUUAUUUCAAAUUUCAUUCUAUUAGUAAUUUUUUAACAAUUUGUAAUAUCAAAUUAAGACAAGUUAUAAGUCUUAAUUUGAUCAUUAGUUUAAAUUUUGUAUUUUCAUUAGCCUUUUGGCUAGAGUUGUACAAACCUCUGGAUUUUUUGAUAAAAUUUAUAAAAUUAGCCCUAGGCCAAAAGCCUAGUGGACUUUUAUUAAAAA